GACUGGCACUCGCUCUAGCAUGAAGACACACUUCUGUAUCCCAGUGUCCCAGCAGCGGCCAGACGCGCUGGGGAGCCGCUACGUGCUAUACUCCGUGUACCUGGACGGGCUCCUUUUCUGCAGGGUGCGCUACAGCCAGCUUCAUCGUUGGAACGAGCAGUUGAGGCGUGUUUUUGGAAACUGUCUGCCACCCUUUCCACCAAAGUUUUACCUGGCAAUGACCACUUCUAUGGCUGAUGAGAGGAGGGACCAGUUGGAACAAUAUUUGCAAAAUGUAACCUCGGACCCACAUGUGUUGCGAAGUGAUGUCUUCGUGGAGUUUGUAAAGCUGGCACAGCUGAACACAUUCAACAUCCCUACUGAGAAAGCAUUUCUUGAUGUAUUUCUGCCCAAUGGAAGAAGCAUUAAUGUAGAAAUUCUAACGUCAGCUACUGCUGAAAGAGUCCUAGAGGUGGUGUCGUACAAACUCAGACUGAGUCGGGAGCUCUUGGGCUACUUUGGCCUCUUUCUCAUUCGGUUUCACAAGGAGGGAGGCCUGUCUGUUGUGAAAAAGCUGGCAGAGUUUGAGCUGCCUUAUGUUAGUCUUCGAAGUUCAGAAGUGGAAAACUGUAAGGUUGGACUCCGAAAGUGGUACAUGGACCCAGCCCUCGACUCCAUGCUGAUGCACUGCGGAGUGGCUGUGGAAUUGCUUUACAUGCAGGCAGUGCAGGACAUUGAAAAAGAAUGGAUCAAGCCCACACAGGCACAGAGGCAGGAACUAGAGGCUCUUCAGAGAGAAAACAAUCAAACCAAGUUUCUGCAAUUGUGCCAGGAGGUGCAGCACUACGGGUACGUGCGGCUGGAUCCCUGCCUCUGUGACCACCCAGAGCCAGGCUGCAGGGCCGUGCUCUCCAUCGGCAAUGACGAGAUCAACUGCAGUGUCACCCUGCCGGACCACCAGACCCGGGAUGUCACCUUCCAGCUGAGCAGGGUGAAGUGCUGGCAGGUCACUUUCCUUGGGACCCUGCUGGAUAUGGAUGGACCCCAGCAAACUCUCAACCAGAAUUUAGAACUCAGAUUUCAAUACAGUGAAGAUAGUUGCUCGCAGUGGUUUGUCAUUUAUACCAAGCAGGCAUUUUUGCUGAGUAGUUGCUUGAAAAAGAUGAUCUCUGAGAAGAUGGCAAAACUAGCUGCUGAGAGCUCAGAGAUGGAGAUUGAAGUUCCGGAGAAAAGCAAAAGUAAAAAAGACCACGUUCGACAAAGCAAGCAAAAACAGUGUUCUAGUUUUCUAUCAAGAAAAAGCAAGAUUAAGAGAGCUGAAGGUGACUGUGCUUUUGGAACCAUAAAGGAAGAAGACCUAUGAAGGGAAGUCUCACCUUCUUACGUCCCCUACGGCCAGAUGGUGACAGUGUUGGGGCUGGGGUGGGGCUUGCUGCCAUCACAGAGUUUCUGGACUUCCUCCUCCUGUGCCUGCUGACAGUAGGAUAGACACAGCCACCAAGCCCACUGCAGCAUUCUAUGUAAAUGUCCACAUUAAGAAGAUAUAAGAACUGAAGUUAUAGAAUUUGUUUUUAAUGGCUUAUAGAUCACAAAUGGCAGAUUCAAAUCAGUUAAUAUGAAAUUCGCUGUC